AGCCACCUCAUACGGCUUUGUUAAUAUAAGCUUCUUCAUUUAAGCAUGCCUGCCCUCGGUGGUUCCAAAGCUUUAUGGCGACGGUGCCUGGCCUCAGCAUUCCGAACUGCCUUAGCCUGCACCAUCGUCGGUUGCAUCACCCUUUUCGGUCCUUCCUCAAUUCAACAGACGAUCACCUUCCCUGCAUUCUCCUAUGUCACAGUUAUUCUCAUUGUAAACGACGCCGCCUUGGGUGACACCUUACGCGGCUGCUGGCUCGCGCUUUACGCCACGGUUCAAAGCAUAGGUCCUGCGAUAUUGAGCUUGUGGCUUAUAGGGCCGAGCCGGCUGACGACGGGAACUACGUCGUUGGCGGUGGCACUGGCCGCAUUUGCGGUGGUGGCUUUGCCGGCUGAGUGGACUCAUUUGAUUGCUACACGCAUAGCACUGGGCGAGAUAGUGAUUGUGUACGUCAUGGCUUAUGCUAAUGGCGCGCACACCGAUCCUGUCAUGCACCCUCUCCGCCUGGCUGCCAGUUGCGCCAUUGGAGUCUUGGCCUGUGUUCUCGCAUUGCUCAUACCCUUCCCUCGUCUUGCAUGUCUUGAGUUGAAACAGAACAACAAGCUGCUGGCUCAGAAUACCUUUGAGAGACUGAAAAUUCUUGUGAAGGCAAUAUGUGAAGAGGAUAAGGCAGCUGCUGUUGCGUCGAUGUCUCGUGCCAAGUCUUUGGCAACAGGCCGAACAGAGCUCCUUCAUUAUAUCGCGUGUUGCCAGGAGGGCAUGAAAUGGGAGAGGCCUCCCUUUUUGAGACCCCUUGACUUGAGCUUGAGAGAGAGGCUUGAAGAGGUAGAUACAACCUUGAGAGGCAUGGAAAUGGCUUUAAGGACCAUUAAUUCAUUCCCCGUUACAAUUCUUGAUAAGGAUCUUCAACACAACCUUAACAGACUCGAGGAUCACGUUAGCUUAACCAUAAAGAAUGCUAAACAUAACAUGAAUGGAUGCUCACUGACCGUUCCUGAACCCAGUACAAAAAGUACAACAAACUUUCUCCAAUACCUUCAAACCAUUCCAACGGCCCACCAAGACCUGCCCAGCUUUUUCUUCUUAUUUUGUGCCAAACUCCUCCAUAAAAAAUCGAUGGCCAAGUCCCCGUCUCCUAUUGAAGAAAAGAAAAUUGAAAAUCCCACCGAGUCUAAAAAAGAGUGGGCUGAUUGGGCUGGGACAUUAACAGUCCCAAAGCUUAUUCCAGCAUUUAAAUGCUCCCUCUCUUUGGGCCUUGCAGUGUUGUUGGGCAUGAUUUAUAGCAAAGAGAAUGGGAUCUGGUCUGGGCUCCCCGUGGCCAUAAGCUUCGUAUCAACCAGAGAACCAACACUAGCAGUAGCAAACGUUAAAUUCCAAGGGACUGUGAUAGGGACCGUGUAUGGAGUAUUAGGUUGCUUCGUGUUUGAGAGGUUCUUGCCUAUAAGAUUCCUCUCUCUUCUUCCUUGGUUCAUUUUCACGAGUUUCCUUCAAGGAAGCCGAAUGUAUAGAAAAGCUGGUGGGAUUUCCGCAGUCAUUGGGGCUGUACUUGUAUUGGGCAGGAAAAAUUUUGGGCCACCAAGUGAAUUUGCUUCGGCUAGAAUCAUGGAGACCUUCAUCGGGCUGUCUUGUUCCAUUCUGGCGGAUCUCAUCUUCGUCCCCAAACGAGCUUCUUCGUGCGCGAAAAUUGAACUCGCUCGAAGUCUAGCCUCGCUUCACGAUUCCUUUGGAUCUCUGAGUCUUGUGGGGAAAACAAGCUUGGAAGAUAGCGCAAGGAAGUUGAGAAAGCAGGUUAACGAAUUGAAGAAAUUUGUUGCAGAAGCGAACCAAGAACCAAACUUAUGGUUUACGCCUUUUCACAGUGCUUGCUACAAUAAGCUCCUGAAGUUGCUAUCAGAAUUGACGGACCUCUUGCAUUUCGAAGCUCACGCGUUAAAGAUCCUCCGGCAUGAAUUCCAGAGAAAUGAAACUGGCUGGAAAGAGACCGUAGAGGCUACGCUAGAACGCGACAUUGGAAACAUGAGGGAAGUAAUUUGUUCGUCUGUAAAAAGUGUUGAGGAAAUCUGUAGGAUCAAAUCGCUUAGAUUUCUAGAGAAAGAGCUUGAGAAGAAUGACAUAAACUGUGAUCUUGAAUUGGGGAUGUCCCCAGAAUCUAAAAUCCGACUGGCUUCUGGUUUGAGCAAAGAUGACGUGGAAAAAGCCAUAGGGUCGUAUCUCCAGCACUCGAGGAAUGCCGUUGACACCAUAUAUGGGGGUGAAGAAGGUGAGAGGGAGCUGAAGAGUGAAGUUGUUCUGAGUUUGAGCGCUCUGGGGUUCUGUUUAAAUGCAUAUAUGCUUAAGACAGUGGAGAUUGAAGACGCAAUAAAAGAGUUAGUCCAAUGGGAGAAUCCUUCAAGGGAGGUCAAUUUGUAUCACAUAACCUGUAAAAUCGAUGCUCUACCCAAAUAACAAGUUCAGGUACAUAAUUGCAAUAUCAUUUUGUACUUCAAACUUUAGGAAAAAGCUCCUCACUGACUUUGGAUUGCAUGAAGUUUCACGUUACUUAGCAAGAGUUUGUCAUCAAGAGUACAAUCAUUUUUAUGCAUUAA